AAAGCGAAUACUAGCUUAGAUUCACCGACUACCGACAAAGACAGAGAAUUCUUACCGACUACCGACAAAUUAUGGAAAUUUCAACUGACUACCGACAUGUGGACCCCUCAUCCAGACCCUGUAUUUUGAGCCGCGCGUCUACUGGGGGCGAGCGCAAAACGGACGCAGUGUUCCCCCCAAGAACCUUUCCUCGAUAAUAACCUGAAGUACCGCCUGCAGGCGGGCUACUUGCAGUAUCACUUUUCCCCCUCUCUAAAGUCCGAUUAUAACAGAGCAGCUUUAUUAUUCGCUGUGCUACAGGUUAGAACAAAUGUAUAGGGGUUCGCGCAAACCACGCCAUCACUGUAUGUAGAGCAAGAAAAAGACACGUGAAAAUAAAAUUAAUCAUAUUUUUGUAUCAGACAAUUAGAAUAAUGAUCAGCUUUAACAUAACCUCAAGACACCAAAUAACUGCUAGAGACGCAAAACACGCUUACAUUUCAAACCCGUCUUCACAAUAUUUAGCUGAUAAUAGGGUUUUUGAAUUUUGUAAGUGAUAUUUUAUUUUAUUCAUCCUUAAGAAAACUAUGACUUUAAAAUAGGACAAACGUUUCAUUAUUAACUUGUUGUGAGCCACUGCGUGUUUUCAUUCCUUCGCCCAGCUCAUUACCAAUCGAGCCAAUGAAAGCUUAUGGGAAUUAUAGGUGCAGAUGUGCCUUCAACAGCUGCCAGAACUCCUGUAUUAUCGCUCCUAUUCGGAUCCGCUACUGCCACUAAGUUGUUCUAAGCUUCAAGGCACAAGUUCCAGUGGAACAAGGGCGAUAGGUGGAGAGAAUUUAACCAGCGUUAAGGUCAACAUGAGUGGUGGAGUUUCCAACGCUAGCUUUGUCCUUCUCGGGCUUCUUGCGGUUGUUUUCUUCGAUGGAACUGAUGCAACAAUCCUUUGUCGCAUUCUGCCAUUGCUCCCAGCAUCCAAUAACACCGCCCUAAAAAACCACGUGAUUGCUAACAUGUCUGUGGAUAACGUGAAAAACUGCGCCGCAAAAUGCUUCCUGAACCCGCGAUGCGCAUCCGUGAACUAUCAGCAGUCAACAGACAAGGUCACGUGCGAACUGAGCUCAUCAGAUCACCUCCAGCACCCACUGGAUCUGGUCCCUCAGCCAGGAUUCAUGUACCGUGGAACUAAGAACGGCUGUUCAUCGCAUCAGUGCCCGGAAAAUGCCACGUGUUUCCCUGGUCUUAGCCCUGACACGCAUAACUGCGCUUGCCCAGAAGGAUAUACAGGAGCCCAGUGUGAAAAUGAUGUAGAUGAAUGUUCAAGCGAUGAUUUCCCUUGUGACACGAAUGCAACCUGCAGUAACACUCACGGUUCUUUCGUGUGUGCAUGCAAACACGGCUUCACCGGAGACGGAUUGACCUGCAAAGAUGUCAAUGAAUGCGAACUGCCGAAUGAUUGCCACGUGAACGCAACGUGCCAUAAUACCAUUGGUUCGUAUACCUGUACGUGUCAACCAUCUUAUCUUGGUGAUGGCUUUACUUGUCUACUAAAAGAUGCAGAUUUUUCAUGCAAAGACAUCUUCAAGGAAUCCAGUAUACGCACGGACAAGGCGUACACUAUGGUCGUGGGCUCAACUUUGACUGAAGUGUACUGCCAAAUGUCAAGUAUCUGCGGAAGUGGGGGAUGGACGCUGGUCAUGAAAGCAGAUGGCUCAAACGAAACAUUUGAAUAUGACUCACCCCUUUGGUCAAAUAAGCUUGAAUACAACCCUAAAGCAGGAUUAACCGGUUUAGACGAGCACGAAACCAAGCUAUCCACCUACUGGAGUGUUCCAUUCGAAGACAUCUGUAUCGGGAUGAAGGUCGGGGAUGACCUGAGAUGGCUUAACUUACACUACCCCUCUGAGUCCUUGUAUGACGUCAUUGCUGAUGGGACUUUCAAGAAUUUGUCCAUGCCGAAAGCUGAUUGGCUGGGUCUGAUUGCAGACUCAGAACUUCAAAAGAAUUGCGGCAGGAAUGGUUUUAAUAACAUGAAGGUUCGCAUCGGAAUUAUUGGGAAUGGAGAAGACGAUUGCCGAACCCCGGAUAGCGAGCUAGGAUUUGGGACUAAAGAAAGUGGUUAUCGGGUAGGGAACACUUGUCAGCAAACAUGCCAAAAACGGUUUACUGCAUUUGGGUAUAUUUUUGUAAAAUAGCUCUCCAAAAAUGAGGGGAAUAUUUUGGGUUAGUUAUGGGCUGUGCCUCUACCCCUAUCCCCUCCC